UGGAACAGAACCCUCUGCUUCCCUUCCACCACAAUGGCUCUCCCCUCCCAGUGCUUUUUCGGCCGGACGAGCCUCCUGCUUCUCCUGGCAUGGUCCUUCAUCCUUGCUGAAGGCGGGAAGAUCCUGGUGAUCCCUCAGGACGGGAGCCACUGGCUCAGCAUGCGCCCGGUGGUGGAGAAACUGCGGCAGAAGGGCCACGAGGUGGUGGUGGUGGUGCCCUCCACGAGCCUGUACAUGACGUCGAAGGAGCCUCACAACUACACCGUGAGGGUCUACCCCGCCCCCUACCCGGACGGGCAUUUGGCUGCCGCGCUCAAGGCCUUCAUCGAUGCUCAUUUCACCGGAGGAUCCGUUUUGAACCUCGUUAUUGCCUCGUACCAGAGCACGGUAGAGCUGUCCAAGGUCUUCUUCAUGAACUGCGAGAGCCUCCUGCGCGAGCGAGGCCUGAUGCGGGAGCUGGCAGAGAGCCAGUUCGACGUGGUGUUCACGGAUCCCAUCCUCAUGUGUGGGCCCGUGGUGGCCGAGUACCUUGCAGUCCCUUCCGUCUACUUCCUGCGGGGCUUUCCCUGUGGGAUGGAUUUCGAUGCCACCCAGUGUCCAAACCCUCCUUCCUACAUCCCCAAGUUCUUCCUGUACUAUUCAGACACCAUGACCUUUGCUCAGCGUGUGAAGAACAUGCUGGUGCAUCUCCUGGAGAUCUUUUACUGCAAGCCAGUAUAUGCUAAAGUGGAAGAUCUUGCAUAUGAGGUGUUGAAGAAGAAGGUGACAGCCACAGAGCUUCUGAGCCGUGGGUCAUUUUGGUUAAUGAGAUAUGAUUUUGUGUUUGAGUUCCCAAGACCAGUGAUGCCCAACAUGGCUUUUAUUGGAGGGAUAAACUGUCAGCAGAAGAAAAAACUCUCUCAGGAGUUCGAAGCCAUGGUGAAUGCCUCUGGGGAACACGGCAUCGUCGUCUUCUCGCUGGGCUCCAUGGUGUCCGAGAUCCCCCCGAAGAAAGCCAUGGAGAUCGCAGAUGCCCUGGGGACGGUCCCUCAGACGGUGCUGUGGAGAUACACGGGCCCGACGCCCCCCAACCUGCCCAAGAACGUGAAGCUCGUCAAGUGGCUGCCGCAGAACGAUCUCCUGGCCCACCCCAAGACUCGAGCCUUCAUCACCCACGGGGGCUCCCACGGGGUCUACGAGGGCAUCUGCAACGCGGUGCCCAUGGUGCUGAUGCCCCUGUUCGGAGACCAGAUGGACAAUGCCAAGAGAGUGGAGUCCAGGGGGGCAGGGCUGACCCUGAACAUCCUGGAAAUGACCUCCCAGGACAUCUCCACUGCCCUGAAAGCCGUCAUUAAUGACAAAAAGUACAAGGAGAACAUCCAGCGCCUCUCCGACCUCCACCUGGACAGGCCCAUCCACCCCCUGGACCUGGCUGUGCACUGGGUGGAGUUUGUGAUGAGGCACAAAGGGGCCCCCCACCUCAGGCCCGCCGCCCACGACCUCAACUGGGUGCAGUACCACUCCCUGGACGUGCUGGCCUUCCUGCUGCUCGUGCUGCUCCUCUCCCUCUUCAUCUCCUUCAAGUGCUGCCUGUGCUGCUGCCGCCGCUGCUGCGGCAAGAAGGGAAGGACGAAGAAAGCCGCCAAAUCCAAGACCCACUAGCGGCUGAAUCCGAGUCCCACCGGCAGGUGGGAGAUGAAUCCUCUGCUGUGACCUCAAGGAUCAGAGGACAGCUCAGAUUUCACUGCAGUAAGCACUGAUUUUCAGUCCAGCAAUAAUAGGGAUCCUUUAAAAUAGCAACACGAGAGAGGUUGUUGCACUGAGAUAAUUUUUUGCCUUUAAUUAAGAAUCUGUUGUUUCAAAAUACCUUGUGGGGAAGUUGCCUUUCACGCUCAGGCACUUCAGGGCUCCUGGUUUCCACCUUCUGAUGUACAGAGGACUCACAGGGACUUCUUAUUUCCACCUCUCCGUGCAACAGGCAGCUUGGAUUUGCAGGGAAUUUUGGAAGUGUUCCAGGGUUUUAGGAGAACCAUCUCAUGUCAGGUUUAUCAGACACCCUGAGAUCUUUUGUGCAGCUGCUGUUGUAGAAGAGGCAGAUGUUAUGCACUGACCAUACACCUCAUGGAAACCAAGCUUCCAGUGGGGUUUGGGGGAGUGUUUACAAUAUCCUGAACAAAACCAAGGGUUUUGGCAGGGAAGCUGCUGGAAAACCACUGUGUUUCCCCCCAAAUUCCUCCUGCCCAGCACUGUGGCUGGAGCUCACCUGUUUGGCAACGAGACCUUUGUUAAGCAUCAGCUGCGAACCCCGACUGAUUGAUUCCUGGGGAGUGAUGCUCAGGUAAAAACCCAACCCCCAGCCCUAUAAAUAAACCCCAAAUCCUAAAAAUAA